AAGGUUAGUGAUGUCUGAGUAAUUAUCAUUGCUCAUCUUCCACUAAGUUUUGUUUCAAUAUCAAUUUCAACAUAAAGAAAAAUCACUACCAGUAGCAUUGAAUAUUGAUACCAAAUUCUAAGAUUGAAAGAGAAAUUAAUGUGUGUUGCGUAGUGUAUACACAACAUGUCUUUCUCUAACACAAUUAUCUCACCACCUAUGUUCUUGCCGCAAACAACUAGGUACAACACCCAUGAAUUCACAUUCACCCACGUUGUACAACCACAACCACUUGUACGAGGUUCAUGUUCCAUCUCAAGGAGCCGCAUUUGUUUUCUUUCGAAAUUCGACCAAACAUUCUCUUCACCUGUCAUGGAGGAAGAGGGUCAGAAAAAAUUGAAUCUUUUCUCAGAAUCAGAAGAAGACGAAGAAGGUUAUUCCAAGGAAUUGGAUGUUGCUGUUAGAGCAGUUCAAAUGGCUUGUUCACUUUGUCAGAGAGUUCAAGACAUUUUGAUUUCUAAAACCAAUCAUCAGGUUCAGUCUAAGGAUGAUAAUUCUCCUGUUACUGUUGCUGAUUGGAGUGUCCAAGCAGUUGUCAGCUGGAUAUUAUCCGAGUGUCUAGGAAGCGAAAACAUAUCAAUUGUAGCUGAAGAAGAUGUUCAUACUCUUUCCAAAUCUAAUGCAUCUGAAUUAUUAGAAUCAGUGGUUAACACUGUGAACGAAUGCCUAGCUGACGCGCCUCGAUUUGGUGUUGAGAAGCCAAAAUCGUCACUAACGACUUCAGAAGUUCUCGAAAUCAUUAGUCGGUGUAACUCAACUGGUGGUCCCUCUGGAAGAUUUUGGGUACUGGAUCCUGUUGAUGGCACGCUCGGGUUUGUUCGCGGAGAUCAAUAUGCUGUAGCUCUAGCGCUCAUAGAAAACGGAGAAGUGGUGCUUGGUGUUCUUGGUUGUCCUAAUUAUCCAAUGAGAAAAGAAUGGUUAGGCUAUCAACAUCGGUAUCAUAGGAUUGUAUCAAAGCUAACUUCUCCGAAUUCUGAAAGUUGGAACAAAGGUUGUGUUCUAUAUGCUAAAAAGGGUAGUGGAAAGGCUUGGAUGCAACCACUGAUCCAUGUGAAUAAGAUGUUUGUGUGGCCAAACCAUGCAAAACAGGUUUUUGUAUCUCCCAUUGACAAUCCAGCAUUGGCCACUUUUUGCGAACCAGUCGAGAAAGCCAAUUCAAGUCAUUCUUUUACCGAAGGAUUGGCUCACAGUGUUGGUCUCAGGAAACAACCGUUAAGAGUAUACAGCAUGGUGAAAUAUGCAGCAAUAGGGCGCGGAGAUGCAGAGGUUUUCAUGAAAUUUGCGAGGACGGGUUACAAGGAGAAAAUAUGGGAUCAUGCUGCUGGUGUUAUCAUCAUACAAGAAGCUGGUGGUGUGGUAACAGAUGCUGGAGGAUCUCCCUUAGAUUUCUCAAAAGGUGUAUAUUUAGAAGGGUUAGAUCGCGGUAUAAUCGCGUGUUCUGGCGCCUCAUUACAUGGAAAGAUCAUUGAUGCUGUUGAUGCCAGUUGGGGAUGUUCUAGCCUUUGAGACUUUUUCUAUAUGAAUGAAAUUAAAUGUAUAUAUAAAUAACAAAUAAUGCUAAUAGUUUGUUAUGGGUUGACAUAUUGCUAACACCAUCUGACGAAAUUUUGUCAAACUCACUGUCAAUUGAAAUAUUUGUCUUUGAAACCCUAA